AUGCCAUUGCCGAGCAACGAGCUCGAGACGCCAUUGCCGAGCAACGAGCUCGAGACGCCAUUGCUGAGCAACGAGCUCGGGACGCUAUCGCUGAGAAGCGAACUCGGGAUGCAAUUGCUGAGCGACAUACCCAGAACGCUGUCUCUGAAUAUCCAGUGGUUUUGCCAAGGUCCGGCUCAGCGUCGUCUGACGUCGUUUGAAUCUGAUGACAGUGACUCUAAAGACUGUAGCAGUGAUGACAGCAAUGAUAGCAAUGAUAAAGAUGCUGAUGAAGAGGACAGCGGAGAGGAUGACGAGGAGGAGGGGGGAAAUGAUGAUACGGUCAAGAGCUCACAGCAGUUUGGUUGGGGGGAGGCUGGCCGACGCCAGAAAGAACACCCAGGGUUUGUGGAGGAUGUACCACCUUCGCAAUCUCCAGUCGCUCGCCCUCUCACACCUGAAAUUCAGUUCCAGUACUCACGCGAUGAAGAUGAUGUAGUUGCCCAGACGAGCCUUGAUAAAACCUCGCGGAACGAAAGCUCUCAGGACCCUCCGGAUAUCUCACCAGGACCGCGGCGGCAAGCAUCCCAACACAUUGAGACCAUCACCUCGAAGCCUGACGAUGUACUACAACACCAUCAUAAGAAAAACGGAAAGCCCCGUCUUCCUGAUCCUGAAUCCCUCGAACUGCUGAAUCAAGUGUCCGAGUGUGAUGUUCAGCCAUUGAAAAACAAAAAGUCUAGGUCAUCGCGUGGUGGGCCAACACCCGAUCAAUUAUCUUGGUACGGACCACGCUGGAAAAGUUUCUUGGAGGACGCCAAAGUAGAAUGUCGCGCGCAACACGCCCUGGAGAACCCGUUUCCAACUUUGGUGAAGAAUCUUCCAGGAACAAUCACUGAAGUUCUCAUUGCAGUAUUGGUUGUGUGGGAUACGAACGGUAAACAAUUUGAAGCUGGGGUUUGGCCAGAACACAAAUUUAAUAUGACUCGGUUGCUGUACGACGAUCUUUCGACUUGGCGAUCUGACUUGAAGAAAACAGCCAUAAGCAUUGCACCAGUAUCAUAUUCGCUUAUUCCUCCGCUUUCUGUCCCCGUUCAGGAACGUGCUGCUUGGGUCGAGCACACUGCUGCUGAAUUGAUCAAGGAAGCAUUCUUCUUACGCUUUGGGGUGGACGAUCAGGGGAGAACACGAAACUUCGCUCAUCCCGCCCUUCGUGAAGCCGUCAUCACAUUCUUUUACACAGGACCAUAUCGAAUUGCACGAAGGAUGCCGGAGACCUUUAGCACGGAAUUGCCACUCUCAUGUUUGGCUUUGGUUGCUGCGGCGUUCAAUUGUGUCUUCGACGGUCUUGUGAAAAAUGGACAUGGGAAGUCAUACCCAAACUUUUCCACCAAGGACUACGGCCCCAUCUAUUGUCGGAUGCUCGAAUUGCUCAAACAUAUCCUUGAGGAUGCGUAUCAUGGGCCUAGGCUGUCAGCUCAACUGCGAGAAUGGGCUGCAGCGGGAUGGGCUGCAGCUAUGAAUCUCGAAGGAGUUGUUGAUGCCAGACACGACCACCUGCAGAUUCUUCUUGACUAA